UCGCGCUUCUGAAGGACCCAACCCAGCCCAACAGGAAGACAACAGAUUUCUUCUUCAUCCUUUUGAUACGAUGCAAAUCUGCGACCGUCAGCGCUAAGUAUUGACAGUAUUUGUGCCUGAAGGCGAGCACAUUAAUAAAAUGCCCUUAUUUGAUGGGUUGGGAAGUGGAGGAGAGAAGACUGCGAUCGUCAUUGACUUAGGAGCAGCGUUCACAAAAUGCGGCUUUGCAGGGGAAACGGGGCCCAGGUUCAUAAUUCCGAGCGAGAUCCGGAAACCGGGACAGCAACAGGCCACCAAAGUGGUUCAGUACAACAUCAACACAGAAGAGCUUUAUGUCAUCCUCAAAGAGUUUAUCCAUAUACUGUACUUCAGGCACCUGCUGGUGAACCCUCGCGACAGAAGAGUGGUCAUCAUCGAGUCCAUCCUCUGCCCGUCUCACUUCAGGGAGACGCUCACCAAGGUUUUCUUCAAACAGUUUGAGGUGCCCUCUGUGCUGUUUGCCCCGAGUCACCUCAUGGCCAUCAUGACCUUGGGGAUCAACUCCGCCCUGGUGAUGGACUGUGGCUACACAGAGACUCUGGUCCUACCUGUUUAUGAGUGCACUCCUAUUCUGCCAGCUUGGGAGGCGUUGCCUUUGGGAGGGAAAGCCAUCCAUAAAGAGUUAGACGGACUUCUUGUGGAACAGUGCACUGUGGACACAGACACCACCACUGGCCAGAGUGUUCCAGCUGCCAUUGGGACCAUCCCAGAAGAGACUGUGGAGGAUAUCAAGGUCAGAACAUGUUUUGUCAGUGACCUGCAGAGAGGCCUCAAGAUCCAGGAAGCCAAAUUUAACCUGGACGGUACAGCUGAGCGUCCAGCUCCUCCUCCAGAUGUUGAUUACCCUCUGGAUGGUGAGAAAAUCCUGCACGUCAAAGGAGCGAUCAGGGAUUCUGUGAUGGAGAUACUGUUUGAACAAGACAACGAGGAGAAGAGUGUGGCCUCUCUGAUACUCGAUGCUCUGGUCAAGUGCCCCAUCGAUGCUCGUAAGGUGCUAUCCGAGAACCUGGUUGUGAUCGGAGGCACAGCCAUGCUGCCGGGCUUCCUGCACAGGCUGCUGGCAGAGAUACGCCUCCUGGUGGAGAGACCCAAGUACAGCAGCGUGCUGGCCAGCAAGACCCUGCGAAUUCACGCUCCACCUGCCAAGCCCAACUGCACCGCCUGGCUCGGAGGUGCCAUCUUCGGGGCGCUGCAGGACAUCCUGGGCAGCAGGUCGGUGUCCCGAGACUACUACAACCAGACAGGCCGCAUCCCAGACUGGUGCUGCUUGAGCUCCCCUCCGCCUGAAUCUCUUUACGAAGCAGGAAAGACCCCUCCUCCCCUCAUGAAGAGAGCCUUCUCCACAGAGAAGUAGAAGAGCGCUGUAACAUCAUUCAAACAAUGUACUUAACCUGAUAGAACAGUUCAGUAAUCUCAACUCUAACAUCUUGUGAAUGUGUGAAGUACAGACAGCGUCAGGUGUUUGUAAUGUUAACUAGUCACACUCGUGUUUUUGUUGCACACUGUCCGAUGAUCAGGUCAGCAGGUUUCCGGCCGGACCAGAACAGACAUCAGGUGGUCACGUUGAUAUUCUACGAGAAUAACUGUUCAAAUAGUUCCUGUCCAUGUCUUCUGUCCCGCGAGACGUCUCACUGAACCGACUCAACCGUUUUAUUUUGUUCCUGAUUUUGUUGACACGGAAAAACACAUCAGCAGAAAAGUUUCUGACAGAUAUCCAGUUGAUCUUUAGUCAUCCAUUUAUCAGGAAUAACAGAAAAUGUUGCUCAACGUCUUGGAGAAAACAAACUUUUUUUCCAGUGAUGUAACAUAAAGUGUGGCAAUCCCACCAUAUGGAUUCAAACCAUAACGUCUCCUUGGGUUUUAAAAGAGGAAGACGUUUAAUUUAUUUAUUGUUUGUGACUUAAUGAAGGGCCCUGAAUACAUGUACAUUUCCACUAAUUCACCGUUUUUUUUUCUAUGUACAUCCACACAGUCGAUCAUAGUUACUGUUGCUGUAUACAGACUUCAAAACAUCUUCCACACAAUAUCAUUGUGUUCUGUAACCAUAAAAUUCAAUUAUAACAACCAAUAAAUAUUCAGAAGUCAAUCAGA